AUUGCACUGUAAACUCAAACAGAUUCAGACAUUAAAUGUUGGCUUCUAACAUGUGACCUGUCUCUCCAUAUAAUGCUUCUCGGCCGGCGCACAUGACAUUAUGACAGUAAAAUGACUAAGUACCGGUGUUCUGCACUAGUCAGCAGGUGGAUCAAGAUGCAGGUGGUGGUUGUACCUGGAAACGGUGGAGGUGACAUUUUCCAAGGAAACUGGUAUGGAUGGAUCUUUCGCAAACUUGGCCAGUUGGGUGUAAACUGUGUCAUGAAGAACAUGCCAGAUCCAGUUAUUGCUCGGGAAUCUGUGUGGAUUCCAUUCAUGCGAGAUGAGUUGAAAUGUGGCGAGGAUACCAUCAUCAUUGGGCAUAGUUCCGGUGCAGAGGCAGCAAUGAGAUACGCAGAGCAAUACACUGUGCAUGGAAUAAUUCUAGUCUCAGCAUGUGUCACUGAUCUCGGCAUUGAGACGGAGAGACAGAGUGGCUAUUAUAGCAGAGGCUGGGACUGGACUGCCAUCAAAAACAAUGUGAAGGUCAUUGUCCAAUUUGGGUCAACAGAUGACCCUUUCAUUCCAUGGUCAGAGCAGGAGGAAGUGGCUAAAGGCCUACAAUCAGAUUUUUACAAAUUUACUGACCGUGGACAUUUUAUGAAUAGCCAGUUUCCAGAACUGCUUGAAGUUGUCAAAUCUUUAAUCCAUGCCGACUUACUAGAUGAAUAA